AUGGGGGAAGAAGUUGUGAGGAACAAGAAGGUUGUGCUCCGGCACUACGUGACCGGGUUCCCCAAGGAGAGCGACUUCGAGGUGGUGACCGGGGAGACCGUCAGCCUGAAGGUACCCGAGGGGUCGGGGGCCGUCCUCGUGAAGAACCUCUAUCUCUCCUGCGACCCCUACAUGCGCGGUCGCAUGACAAAGCACGAAGAUCCGAGCUACGUGUUUGACUUUACUCUCGGCUCGGUAACAGCAACGUCGUCUCCCUUCCCGUCUCUUCUUUUUUUCCCUUCUUCCUUGUCCUGCAUCUUCCGUCCGGAUGAUGUUUCAGGGUUGCCGCCAUGCAUAGAUCUUUCUACGGUUUAUUUUAAAUCCAAAUAUGUCACAAUUGAAGAUUGGUUUAAUCUUCUUUCCCCCCACUGUUUUUUUCUCUCCACUUGCAGGCCAUUGUUGGCUACGGUGUGGUGAGAGUUGUGCAUUCGGGGAAACCUAAUAUUGCCGAGGGGGAUCUCUUCUGGGGGAUGACCGGUUGGGAAGAGUACACCCUGAUCGAGAACCCCGAAUCUCUGUUCAAGAUCAAGUACAAUGAUCUUCCCCUCUCCUACUACACCGGACUUCUAGGUGAGCCUUUGGAUCGGUCCUGUGAAGAAGGCUUGCUUUCAUAGCCACAAUGUUCCAUAUAAGGCUAUGAUUUUGGGGUUCUUCAUGACAUUUGUCACCUGAUCUUAUACCCAGUUGGAAUAAAGUUUUAUAUUUGGUGCAUUCACCUGAUACCCAGCUAUAUUUAUUGAGAUUUCAUUUCCCAGUACAUGCAUGGAGGUGAACCUUCGGGGUUCUUCAGCCGAAUUCCAACGGUCUGCAACUCUACGUCAGGAUCCCUUGAUGCAAUUUACUAGUCCUUGAUAAUAUUUUUUCUGAUUUCUCCGUUCCCCAAUCAAUGAAGAAGUCCGCAGCAACUGAAAUCAUAGUAAAUUCAGAGCUAAAGUUGAUCCUUGUGUUCACAGGUAUGCCGGGCUUCACAGCCGAUGUUGGGUUCCAUGAAAUAUGCUCCCCGCAGAAAGGCGAAUACGUGUUCGUAUCUGCUGCAUCGGGGGCAGUCGGCCAGCUUGUUGGGCAGUUCGCCAAGCUAAUGGGAUGCUAUGUAGUCGGAAGCGCUGGGUCUGAUGAGAAGGUAUGAAGAACCUGAUUGGAGUUUGGAUUCUCUCUCUCGACGGAAUAAGUCGCUAAUGACAGUAGAUCUGUCCAUGUUCUCUUGAAUUGGCAAUCGGACUUCAUUUUUCUGAAAAAAACAGAGUUCAUCUAUCAGUGGGCGCUGGUUUAAUGGGCUUCUUCUUCUCCUGUCUACCUGGUUCAGGUCGAACUGCUGAAGAACAAGCUGGGAUUUGAGGAGGCGUUCAACUACAAGAAAGAGACCGACUUGAAGGCGGCUUUGAAAAGGUGGGUGCUCAGGACAGGAUAUCACUGCGUUCAUGAGCACGAUUUCUCGUCUAGAUCAUCUAUAAAAGGAAGGGAUUUCGAUCAGACCCAGAUAACACCCCGACGAUGAGCAUGAUUUCUUAUGUGAAUCAACUAGAACAGGGAGGGAUUUCGAUCAGACCCAUAACGACACCCCUGCAAUCUGGAAUUUGAUUCCUUCUUUAAAUCAUCUAAAAAAGGAAGGCAUUUUCAUCAGGCCCAGAUUCCACCGAGAUCUCUACCAUAAUUCCUCGUCUGAAUCAUCUCAAACAAGAAGGGUUUUCUGAUCGUCGAAUUGAAAAACUGCCAUUUCAGGUACUUCCCGGAGGGCAUCGACAUCUACUUCGAAAACGUCGGCGGGGCGAUGCUUGACGCCGUUCUUGCAAACAUGAGAAUGAAUGGGCGCAUCGCGGCGUGCGGGAUGAUCUCCCAAUACAACCUGGAGAAGCCCGAGGGCGUCCAUAAUCUGUUCUACUUGACCACCAAGCGGAUCCGGAUGCAGGGGUUCUUGGUCUCUGAUCAUUACCACAAGUACCCGGAAUUUGAGGACAGAGUGGCCCAGUACGUCAGAGAGGGGAAGAUUUUUUACUUGGAGGACAUCGCGGAAGGGCUGGAGAGCGCUCCAGCAGCCCUCAUCGGCCUCUUCUCCGGCCGCAACGUCGGGAAGCAGCUGGUCGCGGUAUCUCGUGAGUAA